AUGGAGUCAUCGCCGAUGGCGGCAAAUGCCGCUCCACAGGUUCGCUUCUGGAGAGGCAGGGACAUGCACUUGGCGGAACCUGCUGAAGGGCCCGUUGGUCUCAGCCACGAGCUCGGCCAUCUUGUCUCCCUCCUUCUGGUCGUGGCUCUGAUCGGCCUGGGGAUGGCGGCACGACAGGUCCCCUGGUUCACCGUCGAGCGGAGCGAGCUGCUGCGGUAUGUGACCUUCAAGGUUCUGUUCCCUCUCUACCUCCUUCGGCAGCUGUGGGUCACCAACCUCAGCUAUCAGUUGGUAGGCCUCCUACCUCUGAGCCUUGCAGUUCACAUCGCCUGGUUCUUUCUGAGCCAGCAGCUGGCUGCAUGCACGCCGAAGGCAAGCGACGUGAUGGAGAAAAGCGGACGACCCCACGCUAGUCUUGUUGGCUGGGCUGUGCUGAUGAGUCAAGGUGAAAACAUGGCUUUCACGUACCCCUUGAUUGCGGAGGCUGCCUUCCCGGAUGGCCUUGCCAGUGCAGUCAUGUGGGACUUGGGGGCCAAUAUGUGGUUGUGCCAGGGGCUGCUCUGGGGUGUGGCAGCUAUCUACUCGCCCCAGGUGCAGGCCUCCGCCUACUCACCGAUUGACAACAGUGACUUCGAUGAAGCUCCAGAUAUGUUUUUAGAUGAUGUGAACACCAAGCAGCGUGGUUUUUUUGCAGGCUUGCCGUCUGGAACGAAGGACAUGGCAGUAAGGGCCGUGAUCGAUUCUGUUCUUCUGCGUGCAUGCCUUGUGGGCAUCGGUCUGAACUUCAUGCAACUUCCGCUUCCUGGGAUCUUAGAUGAUGGGCUGCGAUAUCUUGGAAGCCUCUGCAAGGUGAUGCUGUAUUUCUUGGUGGGCCUCUACGCAGACUUCAGUCUGUCUGCGAAUGACUUCAGGUUUAUUGUUUCCGUGCUGGGGCAAAGACUGCUUGCUCAGAUCAUCUUGGCCGUGUUCGUCAUGACGGCCGUCCCCAUGCCAAGCAUUGCCUCUCGAAAUGUCAUUGUGGUCACCAUCUUCUCUCCAGGGCCCUCGGUGCUCAUGCACAUCCUAGCUGAGACAGGCUAUGGCCAGUACUUGGUCAAGCUCUGUGUCACAGGAAGCUUGAUCAACACACUCUUGUGUGUCACUUUGCAAACAGCUCUGUUGACACAGUUCCGAGGCUAA